AUCGAAAAAUCGAUUCUUUUCAAGACAAAAACAAAACACGCGGUCGUCGGCGUGUUUUUAUUUAACGUUUAUUUGGUUAAUUAAAACGUUAAGCAUGGUCCAGAACAAACAGAAAUCCGCAAAGCUUCCAAGAGCAGGGAAAAACACGGUUAAAGAGCCGGCUGCUCCCAAGGAGGAGAACUGGCAAAAGGUGAAGAUCAAGGGCCACGUGAUUUCCGACGAUUUUGGGAACUACGAGGGACUGAUCGGCCUGGAGGUCCUCAAGGACUACGAUGCAGCGCUGGUAAAGUCCUCGCAGAAGCGGGUUCGCUCCAAAUAUCCGGCAAGAAACAGCGAAUCGGACAGCGAGGAUGAGGUGGGUGCCACCGCAAAGUCCAGUAAAAAGGCACGCCUGGCCGAGCGGCAUGCACAGAAAAUGCAGAAACUGCGCGAGAAACGGGAAAAGCGCAAGGAGCAGCGUAAACAGAAGAAGACAAAGGGAAAGGCAGAGGAAAAGGAUGCGGAAGACAGCGAUGAUUCCAACGAUGAGUAUGCGGCAGAUCGAUUUGCGUUGCUCAGGCCACCGCCGUCGGAUGACGAGGCUGCAGAGGAACCAGAUCAAGCUGAAUCCAGCGACGAAGAGGACGAGGCCCCCGAUCUAGUGCCCAUCUCUACAGUCAACGGAGAAGAUGUUUCCGCCUGGAACGGUCUGGGAGUUCCCUCGCCCAUUCUGCGCGCCCUGGGAGAACAAGGCUUCAAGGGGCCCACCCAAAUCCAGGCCUUAACCCUGCCCGCAGCGAUUCACGGCAAAAAGGAUAUCCUAGGAGCAGCGGAAACGGGCAGCGGAAAGACACUAGCCUUUGGAAUACCCAUGCUGGCCGGGAUUAUGGAGCUGAAGCAACGGAAUGUCAGUUCAGGAAUACGCAAGGCACCCAAAGUAAAGGGACAGCAGCCUGCUGAGGUAGCCGAUGAUGAGCACGAAUUAACGCCUCCGCCGGAGGAACUGGAUCAUGUUUCCGGGGCCAGCGACGAGGAAAGCGAUAUGGAGGAGAAUGCCCAGCGGAAGCAGCUACCCUUGUACGGCCUGGUGCUGACACCCACUCGGGAGCUGGCCGUGCAGGUGAAGAAUCAUCUAGUAACGGCUGCCAAGUACACCGGCAUUCGUGUGGCAGCCAUCUUUGGUGGUCUGGCCGUGGCGAAGCAGGAGCGUGUCUUGCGUCAGUGUCCGGAAAUAGUUGUGGCCACGCCCGGUCGUCUAUGGGAGCUGUAUUCCCAGGGCAACCACCAUCUCAAGAAAAUCGAGGACGUCAGUUUCUUAGUCAUUGACGAGACGGAUAGGAUGGUGGAGAAGGGGCACUUUGAAGAGCUUAGGAGCCUGCUUAAGGUGCUCAACGCGGACGAGCAGAAGAAACAGCAGCGCCAAAACUUUGUCUACUCGGCCACGCUGACAUUGGUUCACGAUCUACCAGAUCACAUGCAAAAGCGUAAUACAGGCAAGCGGCCUAAAUUUGUAAAGCAAACGGUGGACCAGAAAAUCGAGAGCCUCAUCGAGGAGCUGGGCAUCUCACAGCCCAAGAUUGUGGAUAUAACCAGCACUCAGCAAACCGCUCAGACCUUGACCGAAAGUCGUUUGCUGUGCCCCCUCGAGCAAAAGGACUUUCAUCUGUACUACUUCAUUCAACGCCAUCCAGGACGCACCAUUGUCUUUUGCAAUUCCAUUGACUGUGUCAAGAGGCUGGCCACGCUAUUCGGCCUGCUGGACUGCAAUCCCUUGCCCCUACAUGCCAACAUGAUCCAGAAGCAGCGCCUCAAGAACCUGGAGCGCUUCCGCGACAGUCCAACAGGUUUGCUGAUAGCCACUGACGUGGCUGCCCGAGGCCUGGACAUACCCAAUGUGGAGCAUGUGAUCCACUAUCAGGUGCCGCGGACCAGCGAGAACUAUGUGCACAGGUCAGGUCGCACGGCUCGAGCCAAUAAGCAUGGCAUAACUGUCAUGUUCAUGGAACCGGGUGAAGUCAAGAGCUACGUGAAACUCUACAAAACCCUGGAGAGGACUGAAGAUCUGCCACUGUUCCCCAUCUCGGAGCGCUUUAUGGGCGCUGUCAGAGAGCGAGUAAACCUGGCCCGUGAUCUGGACAAGGAGGAACUGAAGCUGAAGCGCGUUCAAAGCGAGCGAGGCUGGAUGAAGAAGCACGCCGAGGAAAUGGACAUGAUAAUCGACGGCUACAAUGAUGAAUCUGGCAGCGAUCAGGACGAGGAUCCGUUUGUGAUAGAGCGCCGGCGCAAUCGUCUUCACGUAGAGACUGUGAGAGCGCAGCUCAAUGCUCUCCUGGCACAGCCAAUCUUCCCCAGGGGCUUCAGUUUUAAGUACCCCAACAGCGAGGCGGCUAACCAGGUGAGCACAAGUCACACGCAAAGCGCCGUUGAGACCAUGAAAGCGGCCAUUGAAGACCAAAAGCAGGCCAAAAAAGAUCGGAACAAACGCAAACGGAAUGCCUAGGACAAGCUUAAGACUAUUUUUUACUAAAAUGAUGUGUACAAAGUAUAAAAACAAUAAAACCUUGAAUGGGAUGCUUA